CCGCACGCUCGCAACUUCACACAGCUGCGUGGCGCUCCCACCUCCCGUAUAGAUCUUGGCAAAAGGAUCCGCCGACGACGCCUCAUUGUCACGCAUCGCUGAAGCUACCCUCACGCACCCAACAAGCACGCACUUCUUCAGGCACACACCGCUGCAGAUCCUUCUCGGACACGCAGUCGCGCACGCACUGGCCUGAACCCUUGACAUUUGCUUUCCAAAUAACCGGUCGUGGAGGUACAAGAUACACCGAGACGCGAGCGACGAUCACCGACAUCACUCGGCAUCCUGGUCCGUCUUGUUGCUUCCUGUUCUCUGGCUCUCAACUUUCCACAAGAUGGGGCCUUCGUAUCUUGGCCUCGCUCUCCUGGGCCUACUGGCCCUGUACGCCGUGAACACGUACAGGGCUCUGGCCAAGAACAUAUCUGCUGCCAAGCAGUCCGGCAUCCCAUACGUAGUGCUGCCCGUCUACACAUUCAACCGUUUCUGGCUGGUCACACAUCGACUCUGGCUGCCCUUCAUCGACGCCGUGCCUGCCUUGAGGAAUGCUACUUGGAGGCAGUAUGUCGUGCCCGAGUUCGCUUGGGCCAAGCAGUAUGAUAGCUUCAAAGAAAUGGGCAGCGACAUGUUCAUGUUGGUAUCUCCGGGGGCAAACACCUUGUUCGUCGCUGACCCGGAGGCUACCACACAAAUCGCAACGAGACGUGCAGACUUUCCCAAGCCCAUAUGGAUGUAUACCAGUGUGGACCUCUUUGGUAAGAGUGUUGUGUCGACGGAGGGCCACACGUGGCGGCACCACCGUAAAGUGACCAGUCCGCCAUUCACGGAGCGCAAUAACCACCUGGUGUGGCAGGAGUCGCUCCGACAGGCCCAAGGUAUGAUGGCGGGCUGGAUCCGCACAGAUCAGAAAGACAGCGGGCCCGUAUGGAACGUAGCAACAGAAUCGAUGCGAUUGUCUCUGCAUGUCAUUAGUCUCGCUGGUUUCGGCGUCCAGUUGCAUUGGCCUCAUGAAGGCAAAGUGGCAACUGUCCCCGAGGGCCACACGUUGACAUACAAGGAUGCAUUGGAGGUCUUGCUGCACAACCUCAUCACAAUCAUCAUUACGCCCCGCUGGCUUCUGCCGCGGUCGCCCUUGAAGAUUCACAAGACGGCGAAUGAGGCAUAUGUCGAGUGGGGUCAGUACAUGCGGGAGAUGUACCAGGCCAAAAGACAACAAGUCCGCGCCGGCGAGGGACAAGGAGACACAGGGAAUAUGGAUCUGAUGGGCGCGUUGGUCAAGGGUGCCGGACUCACGCAGGAGACUCUCAACGUCGAUGUCAACGUGGACACGGAAAAGGCGCAAGCCAAAGCCGGACAGCUCCCCUUCACGGACGAGGACAUUAUGGGCAAUUCAUUCGUCUUCAUUCUGGCGGGACACGAGACGGCUGCAAACACGAUUCACUUCUCCAUCUUGUUCCUGGCAAUGCAUAUGGCUUCGCAAAGACGACUGCAGAAAGAUCUUGAUUCGAUCCUGGGCAAUCGGCCAUCGUCCGAGUGGGACUAUGAGAAUGACAUGGCAAAGCUCUUUGGCAGCAUGUGUGGUGCUGUGAUGAACGAACAGCUGCGACUGAUUCCUCCUGUGAUUGGCAUACCCAAGGUCACUCCCAAGGAUCGGCCGCAGACGCUCCACAUUGACGGCAAGCAGAUCACGGUGCCAGAGAACACGUAUGUGACGUUGAACACUGCUGCCUCCCACCGCAACCCACGCUACUGGCCACACACAUCUGCCGAAGAUCUGCUCGAGUUCCGGCCGGAGCGCUGGCUUCUCGACCCUAGCAAAACCACACCCGGCCAGCAUGAAGACGAGGAGUAUGCCGCAGAAGAAGGUCUCGAAUUCGAAACAGACAAGCGCCCUGACACUGCAGCAUCUCUCUUCCGCCCCGCCAAGGGAGCCUACCUCCCCUUCAGCGAAGGCUACCGAUCAUGCCUCGGGCGACGAUUCGCCCAAGUGGAGAUUCUGGCCGUCUUGGCCGUCAUCUUCCAGACGUGGACGGUCGAACUGGAUGUGAGCGAGUACUUGUCCGACGAGCAAUUUGCCCGGGCCAGCGAAGCCGAGAAGCGUGCAGCGUGGACGAAAGCUGAUGCCCGCGCAAGAGAUUUGCUGAAGAAUGGAAUGAUGACCAUCAUCACCAUACAGAUGCGUACGGGAAAGGUUCCGUUUCGAUUCGUGAAGAGAGGUAGCGAGCGAUUUGCUUUUAUAUGAACAGACAGAGAAAGGGGGGGGAUUCGGGUUUGAAGGGAAUGCUAUGUGACGACAGAGUAAUAUGAACAGCC